GGCGUAUUAUAUUCCACGUCGUCGCGAUCUUCAGACUUCCGAGUUGUUUGGGAGUAGAACAUACGUUUAAACCUUGUUUUUAUACACUUUUUUGGAAUUCUAAUGGCUAACCAAGGGGAUAUUGAUGAGUUGUAUGAAAUUAAAAAUGCAUUUUAUCUUGGGAAUUAUCAGCAUUGUAUAAACGAAGCACAAAAUCUUAAGCCCUCAAAUUCUGAUGUUAGAGUAGCAAGGGAUGUCUUUAUGUACAGAGCAUAUGCUGCUGGUCGCAAGUUUGGUGUUGUUUUGGAUGAGAUCAGCUCUUCCUCGCCUCCUGAGCUUCUUGCGGUGCGAACUCUUGCAGAUUACCUAGCCAAUAAAAGCAAACGGGAGAAGAUUGUUCGUGAUCUUGAUGGUCAAAUGAGCAGUAAUGUUGACGUUAGCAACAGUACAUUUCUUCUAAUGGCAGCAUCCAUUUACUAUCAUGAAAAGAAUUAUGAUACUGCCCUUAGAUGCUUACACUCAUCUGAUGACCUCGAAUGUAUUGCUUUGAUGGUUCAAACCUACCUGAAGCUUGAUAGGGUUGACUUAGCCAGAAAAGAAGUAAAACGCAUGCAAGAGAUUGAUGAUGAUGCAACUCUAACACAGCUUGCCCAGGCAUGGUUCAACCUGGCUGUGGGAGGAGACAAAUUGCAGGAUGCCUAUUAUAUCUUCCUCGACCUAGCAGACAAGAACACUGCAACCCCACUUCUUCUGAAUGCACAAGCAGCUGCUUUUCUUCAGCAGGGAAAAUAUGAUGAGGCAGAGGGCGCCCUUCAAGAUGCUCUUGAAAAGGACAGCAACAACCCAGAGACCCUUAUUAACAUGAUAGUCUUGGCACAGCAUAUGGGCAAGGCGCCUGAGGUAAGCAAUCGUUAUAUUACACAACUGAAGGACUCCAACAGCAAUCACCCUUUUGUACAGGACAUCAUUAGUAAGGAGAAUGAGCUGGAUGCACUAGCCACACAGUUUGUAUCUUCAUAAGCAUCUCGUCAUGGACACAGGAGAUAUUCACACUUUGACCUCCUUAACCUUUAGCACAUUUUCUCGUGUGAUAUGUUGAUGUUCUCAUCUGCCAGUCCUCUACAAGACACUGAUUAAGGUGGUUUCCAAUCAUCCUACCCUUGAAACAUCAUUAAUGAUUGGUUGUGUCAUCUCUCUAUGAAAUUUAAAAAAAAAAAAAAAAUGUGUUGUGUAGACACCAGAGGAAAGAGUCUGUAAAUGGGAAGAUCAAUUAUAUAAUAAGGUAAAUGAAUACAUUAAAAAUGGUUAUUGCAUCCUAUGUUAUAGACACAUGAACCAGUAAUUAACAAUUUGUCCCAUUCUGGUAAUGCUAGGUGUUACCCUUGUUAUCCCCUUUCUGUAUUAUUAUCCCUUCCUACGGAAUAUUUGAACUCCACUUCCCCCUCCCUUCCACUAAAUUUUUGUUGAUGGUCUUUCCAUAUUCUUAAUGCCAAUCUUGCAUUAUGUGGUUAUAUUUAUAUCUCUGGUUUUGGUUUCCAAUUAUAUUUUACAUACAUGUGUAGGCAUUAGAUUGAAAGCAAGUUACUUUUGACCUACAGAAUCAUGUACAAAUGUUUAUUACAUCAUUUUUUCAUCCAUAUAAUGAUGUCAAUUAUGAUGUAAAAUAUAUCUAAGUGCAAAAAUGCUGUCUUCUGGUAGUAAAAUGUGUAACUGGGGAAUAGGUUAAUUAUGUAGUUUUGUUAAUGGUUUAUUAAGCCAUGAGUAUCAUGCUAUAUACAGUAACAUCACUGUAAAGUUAUUGUAGGAGUCCAAGCGAUGUCAGUGUCUAAACCUAGAUAUAAUGUAGUUGUAUGUCUUCUUUUUUAUAUAUACAUCUAUGAUAAUAUUACACCAUAUGAGAUUUAAAAGACAUUUGAAAGCAAUUUACUUUUGACCUACAGAAUCAUGUACAAAUGUUUAUUACAUCAUUUUUUCAUCCAUAUAAUGAUGUCAAUUAUGAUGUAAAAUAUAUAUCUAAGUGCAGAAAUGCUGUCUUCUGGUAGUAAAAUGUGUAACUGGGGAAUAGGUUAAUUAUGUAGAUUUGUUAAUGGUUUAUUAAGCCAUGAGUAUCAUGCUAACAGUAACAUCAUUGUAUAAGAUAUUGUGCGAGUUCAAGUGAUGUCAGUGUCUAAACCUAGAUAUAAUGUACAGUAGUUGUAUAUCUUCUUUUUUAUAUACAUCUAUGAUAAUACUACACCAUAUGGGACAUGAAAUAAAUGUCCUUUUAUUAUUUAAUAUUAAUGUUUUUUUAUUAUUAUUAUUUAAAUAUUAUGAUUAUUAUUUUUGAUGUUAUUAUUGUAAGGUGAUUGUUACAAUAUUAUUUUUACUUCUAUUUUUUGUUUAUUACUAUUAUUAUAGUUAUUGUUGUUUUAAAUAAUUAAAAGUUUGCCAGUGGUUUAGCAGCAUGCCAAUCUUAAAGCAUUUUCAUGCAUUUUACAGGUCAUUUAUAACCUUUUUGUCUUUACGCUUGGCUUUUGCUGCACCUUAACCACGGGAGCCCACAGGUUCACUUCAAUUCAACUAUUGUAGGCCUAUUGUACAUGUUUUCAAAUGCUAAUGACCAAUUUAAUAUUUAUAUUUUUCUUUCAGUAAAAAUUAGUAUAUUUUGCAUCACACCAUUAUUUAAACUUAAGGCUUCAUAUAUCAUUUAAUAAUUGUUUAUCUUGUUCUCGAAAAUCUGUAAACAAUUUUGAAAUCUUACAAGCUCUUGACUAAAGCAGAUUCAGGCUUGAAGGGUGAAUGAACAUCGGGCAGGUUUUAGUGUUAUUGACCUAAUUACAAUAUAUAGAAUAACUGUGAUAUAAGUUAAUGAAGAUAAACUUAAAGAGAUAUAAAAUUGAUUUACAGUAUUUGUAUUUUUGUAUCAAUUUACAUGUUCUUAGAUUUGGGAUCAAAAUUAUUAUAAAUAAUAUACUGCAUGGAAUGGAAUGAAGGUGUUAGACUGAAGUAGUUGGAGAAAAAUGUGUUUUCUCCAUUGGGAUUAGAAUCGUUCGGUUGCUCUACCUACACUCAGCUAUGAUGAGAUCAAAUUAGUUCACUGCCUCGGAUGUUCCCAUAGGUAAUGUUAUUCUCAAAUGUGUUGCGGCAAUACACAAAAAAAGAAAAAUCAUCAAUUGUGAAAUUAUUAUCAAUUAUGUAGGCCUACGCAACAGAUUUCAACUUUUUAUUGAAAUGUUGAAUAUGAAUUUGUAUGCCAUAAUACAUAGUGAUCAUCAUUUCUUCCUUCUAAGCAUUAACUUUUGAAUAUUCUUUUUUGGAUACCUAUAUCUAUACAUAACGCAAAUGCUUAGGUUACCCAUGUUGUGGGGGUAACAACUCCCUAGGUGUAUUCUGUAAUGGUUGUACCUGUAGUACACAUAAUAUGAUGUUCAUCAGACAUAGUUACUAUUAAACAAUACAAAGAUUUUUUGUA